GCAGGAAAAAGAGGCAGUUGAAUGCGAAGUCGGCGGCGUUGACGGGCAAUUAUUGGCCCAUGGCAAUUAUCCCAGUCACCUUUAACGUAGAUUCGGCUACAAUGGCGAACAUCAUAAACGCAAUUGUACACUACAGCGUCAACACUUGCUUACUGUUCGUAGAAUACAACUGGGACGUGGGAGAAUCCCUGGGGCACCACUCGCAUCUAGAUUUCCGAGACGACCUCCCUGGUUGUUGGUCUUACGUUGGACGAGUUGCUGGUGAAAAUCAGACAGUCUCACUCGCCCCGGAAUGUAAUCAGUUCGGAACGAUUUUACACGAGAUCGGGCACGCCAUCGGUUUACACCAUGAACAGUCUCGUCCAGAUCGAGACUUUUACGUCACGGUAGAGUAUGACGAAAUACCCAUGGAUAUGAGAGGCCAAUUUCUGAGAUAUUCGAAAGACGUUGUGACGACAUUUGGGGCAAGCUACGAUAUGAGUAGCAUCAUGCAUUACGGGGCUUAUGCUUUCACUUUAAAUGGCGAAGCAACGAUCAAGACGCUGAAUCCUGCAUACCAAGACGUCAUCGGCCAACGCGAAGGACUGUCUCAAGGAGAUAUUGAUGGCAUAGCCGAAAUGUAUGACUGCGCGAAGGGCUUCACUUGGUAUUGAAGCAGAUACGAACCAGUGGAGCGUUUCAUCAUUGAAAGGUCUUGUCGGACAGUUACCAUGGCAACAGUGCAUCUUAGCCAGUUAAAAUCAAGUAGAGUUAACAGACUCGACAAGAUGAAUAUAAAGUUUAGGAUGAAAUAAAUCAGAAUUGUUUAUGUUUAAUCAAUGAUGAUUUUAUGAGAUAUCGAUUGGUGUAUGUACGUUUUAGAUUUUAUUUUUCUGGAGAAGCUUAUCGUUUAGACUCUUAUAUCGCUCGUUUAAAAUUACUUUGUUCGACUUACUACUGAAAGUUAUUAUUCGUUUAAACUUGAAAGCAGACACAGUAGAACAUUAGAGAUAACGUAGCUAUAUGAAUUUAUUUUUUCACGAAACCACAUAUGUUAACACGUCUUUGGGUUAACACUACUGCAUCAACCCCUCAAUUUUUAUUUUCCGUAUUAUAUAUUACAAUUAAAUAUAAGCAAAUUGGGAAGUAUUGAUUUCAGAAAAGCACAUUUUCAAAGUAUCUACAUAAAGUGGAAAUUCUGACUUUGAUUCCAGAAAAUGCCAAUUCAAAUAUUGUAUUCAGGUUGAAUGUGUAUUGCUAUUCAAAAGGAACUAAAUGAUAAGUCAGAUGAGGCACCAAUGUAUCCUUAUAUUUAACCAAUUAAGAAAAAUAUAUUUACAUGUACUUGAUUUCGCUAUAAUAAUCACGAUAUAUUACUUAGUUUAUAGUACACAACGGGUUUUCGCAUUGUUUGAUUGGUAUGUGUUAUUGUA